UCAGUCCAGUGCUCUUCUUUCACUUCAAACGGUGUCCGAAGCGUCGUCUCCCGCACCACCACCCAUCCCCGCGAUCUUUGUUCCCCAAGCAUGGAUUUGCUAGUGCGACAGGUUCUGUUCGCCUUGAUGGCGAGCAUCAGCAUUGUGCUUUGUGAACCACCCCUCAGCAACCAGUACGGCGUUCCAGGAAAUUACGCAGGUGGAAGUCAUCAUGGGGCACAAGGUGGUGGGAAUGGAUUUGGGAGCCAUUACGGUGGAGGACACGAUAAUCAAGAUUACACGGACAACGAGCCCAAAGCCUACGAGUUCGGCUAUUCCGUGAAGGACCAGGCUACCGGAAAUGAUUUCGGUAGGCAAGAGACGAGUGACGGCGAGACUGUUCGUGGCGAGUACAGAGUGCAGCUUCCGGACGGUAGGACGCAAAUUGUCACUUACACCGCCGACUGGAGGACCGGUUUUCACGCUGAUGUCAGGUACGAAGGCACCCCGACUUAUCCAGAUCAGUACAACACGCAGAAUGCCGGAUACAAUGCUGGUCAAGGUUUUAUCGCCGGUGGAGGCGGUGGAUAUACCGGAGGUAAUCAAGGCAGUUACAACUAUCCAUCUGGCGGCGGACACUACGAUAACAACUACCAGUUUGGUUCUAAUGCCAUAGAUAGCAGUUAUAAUAACAUCGGUGGAAGAAAUAAUUAUCCGUCACCCACGUAUGGUCCCGCUUUCCAUUAGAAUGCAUAAAAAAUAUUAUAUAGGAUAUAUCGAUCCAGCUUGUGAGCGCAGUCUUUUUUCCAAUAAAGACAUU